AUGGAGUGGGAGCAAGCAGUGAAAAGAAUUACAGAAAAAGCAAACAACAUUGAAAGCGCUCUUUCCCACAGCACCCGCAUUGAAACACUUGAGGACCUUCUUUCAGACCUUAAGCAAGAGAUGGAGGCGCAGAAAGAUGUAAUUCAAAGGUCUGCAGACGGGGUGCGCAUACUUUCCCAGCUAGGGGCAAGAGUGCAGGCACUAAGCAGGCGCAUAAACAUACUAAAAAUGGCGUACAGCUCAGAUAGCACAAGAGAGAAGCACAGGCUACCUGAAACAGACUGCCAUCUCACCAGAAACACAGACAAACUCAAUAAGUACAUAAAAAUAGCCUCGCACUCUCUUAGCUCAAUAGAGAAGCAAAGGGGCAUACUAAAAGGCAGCAGACAGAAGUUAGAGGAAGGUCUGCAGUACUUAGGGGUAUCAGAUAGGGUUAUAGACCAAAUAUCCAACAGAUACAUCACAGACUACAGACUGUUCAAAGCACUCACUGCGAUCUUCAUUCUUUGCUUCAUAUACAUAUUCUUCUUAAGAAGCUAG